AUUAGUGCAACAGAAAAGCAUGACAGGUGCUAUAAAGGUUUUCUUCGUAUGCUGUCUACUUCAAGGUAGCUUAUGCCAACAUUGGGCAGCCUUCAUGCCCCAGACAGUGGAGGGGCUGAGUGGCUCCUGUGUGAUCAUCCCCUGCAGUUUCAGCUUGCCUUCAGAAUGGGAUCAACACCUGGACGAUACGUGCAAAGCCAUAUGGAAGAGAGGCAGCUGGACCCGAAUGCAGGUGUUCGAUUCCAGCCUCACCGGACCGAGUGCGAGCUUAAACAUCCUGCAAGGAAACCUAACAGGGAUCCUGCGUGAGAAGGACUGCAGCACCAUCUUCCACAACCUACCAUCGAACCACUAUGACAAUUAUUACUUCAGGCUGCAGUGUGACAACUCGCUGAAGUUCAACUUUCAAACGAGUGUCCUUAUCACUGCUCAAGGUUUGUGUUGCAUUCUGUUACUCUUGUAGAUGUAAACUCACAUCAUUUGGUAUCUCUGUUGCCACUUCCUUACCGUCUUUACUCCUCAGAUUCA